GUUAUUAGCGACCAAUGUAGUUUGUUGUAUCAAUAUACUUUUAUCCAUUUUUAUUUCCCACAUUUCGAGAUCUCGGACCGAUUUCGUGGACACAGGGUUUGUCAGUCAGUGCCAUCGCUGCGGCGGAACCGGUGGCCGUCCGCGAGGACAUGGUCCAGGAACUUGUGGCCAGUACCGCCAAGUGGUGAUUGUCAGCUUUCUCUCUCUCUCUCUUUCUCUCGCGGAAACGGAAACGGUGGUGGCAGUGCUUCUCGGGGGCAACGUGUACGAUGUGCUGCAGAUUGUGAAGAAGCUGCGCUGCGUCACGCCCAGGAACAUCUAUGGGCCGUAAACGGUGGUGGCGGGGAGGUUUGGUGGAGCUGCUGGUGCUCUAUAUCCUCCAUCAUGCCGUUGUUCUGGCUGACGGCAAUGUCGGAUGCCUUUUCAGCGAGAGCGUAUGUGACCGCCAGGUGGAAAGGUGUUUUAACGAUCUGGCAUUCGGAAAAUGCAUAUCUCUAUACACGAAUUUAGGGAGCGACGAUCUAUACCAGUAUAAUCUCGACGCCGAUGAGUUAGAGCUACUAAGACUGCAAUUGAAGAGACUGGAAUCCGACGGGUACAAAUGGAGGCACCCCUUUACACAAUGUAUUAUGCAAAUCUUAUUAGAUAAUCUCCGAUAUGGGCAAAACGAUCUCCGUGAUCUCUCUCUCUGCGACUAUCUGAAGAAAUCGCCUCUCGACGAACAAGAUAUACUUACUAAUGAGGUGGUUCCAGCGGUCACCAUACUAAAGAUAUCCCCGGACAAUGAGAACUCCGAGAGUAAUUUGGUCGACAUCAAUGAUAAAUUACCGACUUUCUACGGCAAACAGGAGUUGCUGCCGUACGAUCAGGAACUUGUCGGAUCCGUUUACAGACCCGAGUACGUGGAUUGGCGCAGCGACAAGAGUGAUCGGGCUUCGAUCAACAACGAGAACGAGUACGAGACAUCGCUCACUGAUGUGGACGAGCAAUCGUAUCCACCCAGGAUACGUCGGUACAGCUUCAUCGACAGCUACGGCAAUGAUAUCAAGGACGCCUCGAGAGAUGAGGAGUCCUACGAGGAUGACGACAACGGCAAUGAGAAUCUUAACGAUGAGGCUCUUAACGAUCCGCUUGCGCCCGAUAAGCUCGAAUUCCUGAACAAGCAUGUACAAUUCUGGAACAAGCACGUUCAACAAUCCUUUCCCGAUUACCCAUUGAUGAAACCCACUGACGACGAUGACGACGAGGGGGACGAGGAGUAUGAGAAGGCGUUCUCCAGGAAGUACAAGCACUGGAAAAACCUACCGCUCCUCGAAGCUGACUCUGCAGGACAGGAUAAUGCGAAGAGGACGGUGAUCAGGCACGACGAGGAGGAUCUCGAUUAUGAGAACGGCAAUGAGGAGACCUCGGCGGAGGUCGAGAGACUCGACACGGAGGUGCCUCUGGAGAUGAACGGAAUCUAUACCGAGGGAGGGGUCGUGCGGCCUUCGAAGCACAAAGCUGCGCCCGACGGUACUUCGUACGACGCGAUGCUCGACGAUGACUUGAACACGCUGCUGUGGCAACGAGAGCUGGCUGGCUUCAAGCGCAGGGAACGCCUGGAUGUUAAGAAGCCCGGGCCGCUGUUCUCGACGAACAAUUACGCGUUUAAAACCCAAUCUCCGGCCGCUCCCCUCGAGAAAGAUUAUUCCGAGGACAGUCAGGAUAAUAAUGAGAUAUACGCGCCGUUAACGAAGAAGGAACUGCGCGGUAACGCGUACAAAGCGCUCGACGGCUCGUCAAGAGCAUACAAAAACGUCGAUCUGGAUUACGUCUAUAUCGAAUUCGAGCAAGAGUUCCACAAAUGGCUCGAGGGGGAACACGUGGUCGCUAAGGUGGAAGAACUUUUAGGAUUACCAUCUGGCACGUUGAGAGACAUACGAGUGGGCCGCGCGGAAGUGACGUUCAAAGUCAUUCAGAAUGACAGAAACUACAAUGCCACCGAUAUCGCUAAAAGCAUUGAUAACAUUCGCGGCAAGCUGCAAGAUGCGUUAGGAGUCAAAGUCAUCCGAGCGGGCAUCGGCGAUAAGGCUAAAUUACCAGCCACGCUGGAGGUAACCAGGGAGAGCGAGAUGAACUCGAGUCUGUUCGGAGCGUUGGUAGCCGCCGGAGUUGCAGCCGCAAUCGCAGCCGCGGUAGUCACGCUGGUGAUCGCGCGUCGUCACGCCAAGUGUCGAGCGAAGCUCGCUGGACUGGCCACCCCGGAUCCGGAAGCAUCCAAGGAUUAUCAGGACCUGUGCAGGGUGAGAAUGCAGGCAAAGCAACCGACCGAGAAAGUGGAAUCGCCGCGCAUAACGAGCCUGUCGCGCGAGAGUGAGUCUAACAAUUUACCCUCCAAUCGCUCCAGCACGUCCUCUUGGAGCGAAGAGCCCACUCUCUCCAACAUGGAUAUAUCGACCGGCCACAUGGUUCUUAGUUACAUGGAAGGUCAUUUGAAAAACAAGGACCGCCUGGAUCAGGAGUGGACAGCGUUGUGCGCGUACGAGGCCGAUCCAUCAUCCACGGAGAUCGCGGAGAGCGAGGCAAAUAUCAAACAGAAUCGACCCGGCGCGGCAUUACCCUACGACCAUUCUCGAGUGGUUCUGAACGAUCUCGCGAACGCCAACAAUUCCAACUACAUAAACGCUUCCACGAUCAAGUCGACGGAUCACGAUCCCCGGAAUCCCGCUUACAUAGCCACGCAGGGACCACUACCGCAGACCACGGCUGAUUUCUGGCAACUAGUUUGGGAGCAAGGUAGCGUGGUGAUCGUGAUGCUGACACGGCUCACUGAAGAGGGUCGGGCCAUGUGCCAUCGCUACUGGCCCGAGGAGGGUUCGGAGCUAUAUCACAUCUACGAGGUACACUUGGUGUCGGAACAUUUCUGGUGCGACGAUUACCUGGUGCGCUCCUUCUACUUGAAGAACCUGCACACCUGCGAGACCCGCACUGUCACGCAAUUCCAUUUCCUGUCCUGGCCGGAGGACACCGUUCCGUACUCCACGAAAGCUCUACUCGAAUUCCGCAGGAAAGUUAAUAAAUCGUACCGCGGCAGAUCAUGCCCGAUUGUAGUACAUUGCAGCGACGGAGCUGGACGAACCGGUACGUAUUGCUUGAUCGACAUGGUCCUAAACCGUAUGACGAAGGGAGCGAAGGAAAUCGAUAUCGCCGCUACGCUCGAGCACAUCAGGGAUCAGAGGCCCAACAUGGUUGCUACGAAACAGCAGUUCGAAUUCGUCUUGAUGGCGGUGGCGGAGGAGGUACACGCGAUCCUCAAGGCUUUGCCCGCACCUUCCACCGAGAAACCCGCAACGGCGGUGGCUACGACCAGCGGUUUCGUACCGGCUGCGAAAUCGGAGCAGUGAAGCUAACGCUGCGACGCGAAUUCAACCGUGAGCAGUAUAAAAAAAAGUCUGACAACUCUCGUUCGGUUCCAAUAAGAAUUUUGCCGUUUCUUCAUAUUUAUUUUGUUUCAAAAUUGUGAUCAAGGUCUUAGUUUCCAAAAUUGAUUCUUUUAAGGCUCGGAUAUCAUUUUUGCAAUUAUUAUAGAGGAGGCCCAGAGGUCAUGCUACAUCAUGUGUCAUGUCGAUCGAUUAUUUUCUACUGCUCAGGGGUUAAAAUCGUAGUCGAGGAGAGGAAGAUAAUUCCAUUGAUUUCGAUGUGUCACGGGAAAGCCAAAUACUUUUACUAGCUGUUUACCAUGAUAUACCCUACCGGAGUGAAGAAUGAUCGAUCGGAUUUUCCGUUGAACUUUUCUACACGCUCGAUACUUCUCGAUUGCAUACACACACACACCCUCGCUAGUUUAGAAUGCACCAGUUGCCGCCGCGAGCUUCUUUCGUACUCCAAAGUUGUACUGUAUCUCAGAGCGCGGACGAGGAAGAGACGAGUCGAUUUAAACUUCUAGCACAUAGACGCAUAAUCCAGAGUUUUAAUUUAAGUGCAGCGAGAGGCGGGCAAGUAAACGCGGGAGUCGGCUCUCGGGGGCCCGAGCGAGUAUAUCUACAAUUAAGACAGCUUAAAGUAUAAAUGUGGUGCAUGAUCUUCUGUUCUUUUCCCGCUACUCUGUGAAGAUGGUACCCUUUUAUUACGCUCGACACUUAAUCGCGUGCGUCCCUUUCUGCUCAUUCAGAAACGCGGCCUAUUUCAAGGGUCAAGUACCUGUAAAGUGCAGACAGACAGACAGACACAGUUGCUACUCGAGGCACAUACGAUAUAUAUCAACGACUGAGCUAUAUUUACAGUUACUUAUACUGUGCGAUCGAUCGGUGAUACGACGGAACAUUUUAUACUAGUAGAGUUUACCUAAGCACGUCUAAUGUUAAACGCGGCCGGUCGCGGCGAUCAGAAGUUUGUUUAACCCUAGCUUCCCACGCGGGGGUACCUGGAACCCCGAGUAAAAUAAAGCGAUUCACGAUUUUUUAAUGUGAUUUUUUCAGAAGCGAAUAUUUUACAAACUUCUUUCUUUUUUAAAUUUUUCCAUGCAUAUUCCUCGAUGCGCGGUGAUGAAAUCAAAAAA